UUGGGUCUCAGACAAGAAAAUUCUUGUAACAAAGGACAGUGCUGGCUUGAAGCUUACUGCUCUUCCUAAUCUAGACAUUUAUAUUUGCCUAUAAUGACACUUAUAUUACCUUAUUUAUCUUCAUAAGACAUAUUCUGAAAAGCUUCUCGUGAUGCUUGACUCCAAAGACUCCAAAGAUGAGCGUUUGCAAACGGCUACUCAUGAUACCCAGGACCCUAUGAUUUCGAAUGCCCGUUCAAGUACCUCUUCAAGCCACUCAGAUGGCACGUCUGAAUCUAUCCGGCCGGCGCCACGGCCUAAUGCCGAUGACGGAGAUCUCGAACGGUGCCCGACGCACCAUUCUAUGGGCCCGGAUAUGCCCGUCGAGCAAACAGAUUCCGUAAUCGACAUCCCGGACGAAGUAUAUGACCGGUUACCCCCACACCGGAAGUUGGUAUUAGUGGUGCUAUUAGGAUUUUGCUCUUUCUUGGCUCCAAUUUCUAGCACAUCCGUGCUAGCAGCCACUCCUGAGGUAGCCGCCGAGUACGAGACCACUGGGUCUAUCGUUAACCUUGUCAAUGCAUUAUACAUGCUAUUCAUGGGCAUAUCGCCUAUCUUUUGGGGACCCCUAAGCCAAGUAUACGGCAGAAGAUUGAUAACUCUCAUAACAGCCGUGGGCUUUCUGGGAUGCAGUAUAGGCACCGCCCUCGCGCCAAACCUAGGAGCCUUCUUCGUCUUCCGGUUGCUUACCGCGUUUGAAGGCACCUCAUUUAUCCUAAUCGGAGCAUCAGUCAUUGGUGACAUAUACCGCCCGACAGAACGUGGUACAGCCACCGGAUGGUAUCUAUCAACCACCCUCAUCGGGCCAGCUCUUGGCCCUUUCAUCGGCGGCAUCAUCGUGACAUACACAUCCUGGCGCGUGAUAUUCUGGCUCCAGACCGCUCUCGCCGGCGCCGCGGCCGUCGGUUCCUACUUCCUACUCCCCGAGACCAUCUACCACAAAAAGAUCGAUGACCUAGUAGGCUACAGCGGCACCGCGAAAGUCAAAGUCGUGCUCGAGAUGGUGAAUCCCUGGCGCGUGCUACGCUUAUGGGAGUAUCCGAACUUGUUCCUAACGGGCAUCGCUAGUUCCUGUCUAGUCUGGAACAUGUACUCACUACUAACGCCAAUCCGGUACGUGCUUAACCCACGGUAUAAUCUCACGACGCCGAUGCAGGGCGGGUUAUUCUACCUUGCACCUGGGUGCGGGUAUUUACUAGGUACAUUUGGCGGGGGACGGUACGCGGAUUACAUCGUUAAAAAGUAUAUCAAGAAACGCGGGGUCCGGAUCCCGGAGGAUAGGAUGUACUCCGCGCUGCCCUUUAUGGGGAUAAUAAUCCCGGGAUGCGUGCUUAUCUAUGGGUGGUGUGUUGAGAAAGAUGUUGGUGGUAUACCGCUUACCGUCGUUGUCUUAUUUCUGCAGGGCGUGGCGCAAUUGUUCUGCUUCCCGUCGCUGAAUACUUACUGUCUGGACGUGAUGCCAGGACGAUCAGCCGAAGUCGUCGCCGGAAACUACGCGAUCCGGUACCUAUUCGCGUGUGUCGGUACCGCGGUAGUAUUGCCCGCGAUUGAUAGUAUUGGCGUGGGUUGGUUCUCGACUAUUAGCGCCUUGUACCUAGUCAUCGGAACCCUAUGUGCAUUGGCAUCUAUCCUUUGGGGGAAGGAGUGGAGGCAGAAAGUAGAUGCGCGUAGGAAAAGGAGAACGUUAGCUGCGAGGAAAAUGCUAGCAGAGAAGAACAGCGACGAUCUACACGCCACCGACGAUGGGAUCAUGGGUGGUAACAACAGUCCGGUUAAUACUCGACCGAAGGCGCCGACGAUGACGACGCCGCGGAACAAAGAAGAGGUCUGACGCGCGCGACUCGUCUUGGCAUAG